AAAGCUGUAAGAUUUUUCUUGUUUAAAAUUUUCGUCUUUCUUAUGAAUUUUAUUCAUAUGAUAUGAGUUACACGUGGGGUCCAGUCAUUACCUUUUGAAGUUCCUUUAUUUUAAAGUUAUUCUUGGCCCUAAUUCUAGAUCUGAGCCAUAUAUAUUCUCGUGAUAAAUUUGGUUGUUGAGGAGUUUUUUUUCUUUGCUUCAAUUAUUUUUGAGGUGAUUUAAUUCUUAAAAUUUGCAUCAUAUCGUUGGUUUUCGGUGCAUAAUAGUUUGGAAAAAUGGAAGGUAUCAUCGUUAGAAGGGUCAUCCCCUCAGAUAACAGCUGCCUUUUCAAUGCUAUUGGGUAUGUUAUGGACCAUGACAAGACCAAAGCUUCGGAAUUGAGACAGGUUAUAGCAGCAACAGUGGCCAGCAAUCCGACGAAAUAUUCUGAGGCAUUUCUCGGAAAGCCAAAUGCAGAGUAUUGUUCAUGGAUUCUCGACUCGGAAAAGUGGGGAGGUGCCAUUGAGCUUUCAAUAUUAGCAGAUUAUUAUGGACGUGAAAUCGCAGCAUAUGAUAUUCAGACAUCCCGUUGUGAUUUGUAUGGUCAGGAAAGGAACUAUUCAGAAAGAGUCAUGCUGAUCUAUGACGGUCUCCACUAUGAUGCUUUGGCUAUGUCUCCAUUUGAGGAUGCUCCCGAGGAGUUUGAUCAGACUAUAUUUUCCGUACAAAAGGAUAGAACCAUCGGGCCGGUUGAAGGCCUAGCACUGAAUCUGGUCAAGGAUCAACAAAGUAAGAGGAGAUACACCGACACAGCCAACUUCACUUUGCGUUGUGGAGUAUGCCAAAUUGGCGUCAUUGGCCAGAAGGAAGCUGUUGAGCAUGCACAAGCAACGGGCCAUGUAAACUUUCAAGAGUAUAGAUGAUAGAAAUCUGAGAGGUUAGUGGCAUUUUCUUAAGCUCAGCUCCUUCAUACGCUACCUAGUUCAUCGGACUUGUAUCAUUUGGUUGAUAAAUCAUCUUAUUGAAUUCUCGGAUAACAAAAUGGAGUUGGUUCCAGUUGGUUCCAGUUGGUUCGGGAACUGUUGUUGUAGGAUGGAUGUUGUGUAAGAUGAAAAUAUUGACUGUUUUACUGUUGAUUAGUCCUAUAUAUUUGUUACGGCAAUGAAAAACAUUUUACAUUCACGGAAUGAUAAAAAUAAGAGACCAUAUAGGAGA